AUGGAUGAGGGGAUUAACUUCUCGGUCGAUCGUCACCCGAGACUGAAUGAAUGCCGAGGCUCCGCUGCAUCAGUACGACCGGACCUACUCGUCUAUAAGGCCGACGAGCCCGCUGCGGCCCCUUCGGCCCUCAAUUCUAUGUCCCGAAACGCCCGGUCCCUCUUUACCGAAAGUAUGAAUUGGAUGGAUGACUAUUAUGACCCUGAAACUGGAUACCUCUUCGACUUCAGUGCAACGACAGCACUCAAUCAUGAUACUCGAAGCUCUGUCUGGUAUGCAUUGGGCUUGCUAGCACGGAACAAGGGCGACGAUGGUACAGAGGCUGAAAAGAUCAUCACGAACGUGAUUCAUGCGCAAUACGAGGAACCUAAGGAUGAAUGGUACGCGACGUACCAGAAGGAGCCCGAGGAGCCCUACGUCGGCAGCCCACACUACCCAGCCAAGAUCUACAAUUCUUGGGAUCCCAACUGGCGUGGCUUUGUUGGCACAACGUUGAUCAUGGCUAUGGAGGAGUACUCUGCCAUUAUCAGCAAGUCAACUCAGAAGCUGAUCCUGCAGUCGCUCUAUAAUACUACCAAGGGUGAUGAAUACCGCUUUGGAAACACCGAUAACACCAAGGAUAAUCUGUACCCUGCGUACAGUAACCCGUCAAUCAUGCGUGCUUUUGUAUCAGGCUGGACCGGACGUCGUCUCCACGAACAGAACAUGACAAUCAGCGGAGAAAAAUACGCAAAAGACAUCAUCAACCUUUUCAACCGCGCCAACACACUCUCUGAGUUCAACUCGGGCACAUACACGGGCGUUUCGCUGUUCGGUCUUCUUCUCUGGAGCAAGUACCUGCCCGAGGACUCCGUAAUGACUAAAGAAGCACCUUCUAUGAUCCAGCAUACCUGGGAGGCUAUCGGACAGCUUUGGCACCCUGGCAUGAAGAACAUCGCUGGGCCGUGGGAUAGGUCAUACGGGAGAACUCGUCCCUCAUUAGCAAGGCAACCCCAAAUCAUGUCUCACAUGGGCGACUACGCCUGGGGUCCUCUGUUCGCCAUCCUCGCAGAUCACCAUAAGCGCUUGAUCCCUAACAAGGUUCUGUCGGGCCUAAGUAGCUUCUCCGGCGAGCAUACCUUCCAGGCCAGCGCGUACUACCCUCCCUUUGACAAGGUUCCCCGCAAUAUCACGACGUGGCUCUCUGACAAGCUCACCAUCGGCGCUGAGUCGUUUGAUGAGAUUGCUAUCGGCGGCCCUUCUCAAAACCAAGAGGCAUUCAAUCCCGCCGUGGUCCAGUGGGAUACUGGUGGCGAAAUAUCAUUCAUCUCACUCUACCCAACAGAGACUGCUCUACAGACAAAGGUUGGGCCUGGUCAGCUCACCCUAUCCUAUCCGAAUGGUCACUCUGGCUCGAUAUUUUCUCUUCUCGUAGGCACAUUUAAGAGUAAGCGUACAAUCUCUGGAUGGGAAGACGUUGUAGGCCUCAAGGUCGUUGUCUCUGGAAAUGUGAACAUGACGCAUGACCUAUCUUUUGGUGGACACUAUGGCGGGUCUGAUUCACCGAUCCGAGAUUUUGAGUUUUGGAACUUUACGUAUAGUAUGCCUACUGGAUUUGUCGGAACACCCACCCUGACAGUUGAUUUGGAGAUAUCAUAA